AUGCACAGUCGUAUUGAGGGAAGCAAGGCCAUGGUAGAGCUCAGCGAUAAUAUCAAAGCACACUUAGACUUUCAAGAAUAUAGACAAUUUAAUUUUCCAACUUCUUUUAAUGAAGCAACAUAUCUCAGACUCCAAAGAUUAUAUUAUUGUGACAAACCUUCAACUGAACAUAUCCCUGUUUCUGUAUGUGAAGGUAGAAGGUGGUUUAAAAAAAAACAGCGUAACAAAACUCUUUUUUUCUCAUCAGAUUCCUCAGAUGAUGAAGCUAGUGAGAAGACAAGGGAGGAAUCGAGAGCAAUGCAUCAGGAAUCAGACUCCAAACCUGCUGUGACAAAGAAAAGAAAGAAGCCUACAGAGUGUUUUUUAACUCAGCCUGAAGAAAAACAGGAGAUCACUGCAAAAGCAAAGAAGAGAAAGAAGAAGAAGAUUUCUGAUAUUCUGGAAAAGUCUGCUCCAAAACCUGGUGUCCCUAAAGAUCUGCAGGAUCUGCUCAGUCAGCAUUUUGCCACAAGACGUUCAGUGAUUGAAAUCGAGGAAUUAAAACUGUCAGAUUCCUGCUUUUUGCCAGCCAAUGAUCUCACCCACAGUUUUUCUUCAUACUUGAAGGAAAUCUGUCCUAAAUGGGCAAAACUUCGUAAAAACCACAAGGAGACGAAGUCACUGGUGAUGCUGGUUAUCUGCAGUUCUGCCCUUCGGUCCUUGGAACUCAUCAAGUCAAUGACAGCAUUUAAAGGAGACUGCAGAGUUCUCAAAUUGUUUGCAAAACACAUAAAGAUAAAAGAGCAGAUGACUAUGUUGGAAAAAGGCGUCUUCCACAUUGGAGUGGGAACUCCUGGGAGAAUAAAAGCACUAGUGGAGCAAGAUGGCCUGUGCCUGAACUCCACAAAGUACGUGAUUCUGGAUUGGAAUUGGAGAGAUCAGAAGCUAAGGAGAAUGAUGGAUAUCCCUGAGGUACU